UCAAAUUAAUUCCUGCGCGGUUGUUCCCCCCCGAGCUUGUCUAGCUCCCAGCCACGAAGCGACGACCUAUAGAGAUGCACUUCAACCCUUGUAAGCUCUCUUACAAGUCCUUCGGUUACGGUUACGGUUACGGUUACGUGUAAUUAAUUACCUACCUAGCUUCGCUCUUCGUCGCCGGGAAUUCAUCUGGGAAAGUUUUGGCUUCAUUAUGUCUCCCAUGCCGUUCCAGCAUCCGGUGAGGUACACUCCGCUGGCGGUAGUUGGUACCUAUCUUACGGCGAUAGUCUACUUGACGUAUGCAAUCGCUGCUGGGCUCUAUGCAUCGUAUAAGUCCUUAGGUCCAGCUCAAGACACACGAUCGCGUUACGCGCAGCGCAGGAGACUGGUUCCUAUCUUUCUCGGACUUGCUGCCGUGGCUUUUUCUUUGGCGACUUACAACUCUGUGGCGUCGGCCGUCUUGUCGUAUAAGACAUGGGCGCAUGAGCAUGGCGUCAACCAACGAGAACGCUAUAUCCUCACCGAAAAACUUGUUCUUACACCUCGGGACUUGAGGAGAUCGAACUCCCUUUAUAUCACCCAGUGGUUGAGUGACACUCCCAUCUUCUACGAUGCCCUGGAGAUUGUCGCCGAGAAAGCUCGUCGCUUCUGGUGGGGGCAACAGAUUGAUCUCGCGACAGUAGCGUUUAGCAUGUUAUUAUCCAUCGAGGGGCGACGACGAAAUAUCCCCCUGACAGCUUCGUUUCUGAUCCUAGCUCACCUUGUCAGCUUGUCGUUUGCGCAGAAUCUAUUCUACGUUGCUCUUCUCUUGACUCCGUCGCCACUACCCCCAGGAAGCGAGAAUUUUGAGAUGCCAAUCGUACCUCUCCUUUCGACGUUGAUUUCGAUUCGCGACAAAGUCAUUGCUCCAAAACCAAAGAAUUGGCAUUUGCGCCCUCGCAUACUCUUCACGGUGUUAGCCUUGAAUUAUCUUUCAAUAUUUCUGCUUCCUUAUGCUGCAGACACGCAUUCGUUUGUGAAUGUGGUCCAUCUCGGUCGAGCGUCGACUUUCUUACCCCUUAUCUUACCGGCAAUUGCGCCGGUAAGCUGGGGUACCGUCUACUUACACCCUCACGACGCUUAUGACUCACUCAAGACAAUAUUUCGGACCAUUUCCGUUGUGUCUUUCGCACUGCACGCAAAGUCCAGCAUUGAAGGACUCUGCUACAAUAUUCCCGACUCCCAUCAUCAUCGCCAUAGUGUCUUUCUCCCGUGGAAUAUUGAAGAGCGUACCAACUGGGAACGCAGUACUACAGCAAUUGGCAAGGUUUUGGGUUCCCUCUACGACCACCCUGCCGUAAACGCUGUUGGAUGUGAUGUUCUGGUCUGCACGAUUAGCCUUGGUCUGUGGGCUGCUGUACGCGCUAUAAGCGUACAAGACAUUAUCGCAUCAGCUAUUCCGACUUUCAAAUUCCGUCUCAGGGCUAGGCGCGUCGUCGAGGAUAAGAUCUUUCGUAUGCCUCGUACGCCCUAUAGUCCUUAUACCCCCAUUAGGGGGGGUUACGAUUAUCCCGAGUAUCGCACAUCAGAACAUUCGAUGACUCUUAGAAGCCAAAGUAGGCCGGGCCUAUCGAGACUAAGGAGUUCGUCAAGGUUGAGAAACGCGUCAAGACUAAGGAGCGAAUCCAAUGUAAGAAGUUCAUCGAGGAUAAGGGAUUUGUCGAGGGUGAGAAAUGAAUCGAGAGUGAGGAAUGCGUCACGAGUAAGAGACACGUCAAGAGUAGGAAGUGUAUCCAGAAUAGGAAGUGUUGUGAGCUCGUGCACACCUAGUGAGGAUGGAACUGUGACUCCUGGGCGAAGACGAGGACGGCCAAGGGUGUCUAAGAAACACGAAGACGAAAAAGCAUAUCGACCUACCAUGUUCUCGCCUAGAUCCUCCGUGGAGUCAGACCUCUUGCCGGCUACCGAGUCAGAUUGGGAUUCUGCGGCUGUAGCUUGGGGCAUGGUUGCAUUUGCCGGGCUCGGUUCGGCGUCGGCGGGUGUACUUGGAGGAGAAUGCAUUGCGAGAUGAGAUACGAAUGGAUAAGAUAGGUUGGGGAUAUUAUGAGGGUAAUGAGGCAAAACAGGGUUUGGGGGGAUAGGGGUAUAUUGGAGGUAUUGGGGCGGGUAAUGAUUGGAAGCGGUUUAUGAAUUACGAAUAACACUCAGCGUAGCGGUCAUGGCUGAGUGCCUAUAUACCUAGGAGGUAGAUAUUAAAGUAAACAAUUCUCAAGUUCUAGGCUAUCUAUAAACCGCGAAUUGCCUUCGUGGUAAUAUAUUAUUAUCGAUAGA